GAAUUUCAUAUUGUUAUUAUUUAAGCAUGAAUAUAAUUUUUAGUCAAUGGUACGUUUCUGUGUAACUGUGAGCCAUGUUUAAUUUCCAGUGACACAUGAAAAGAUGAAAGCACCAAGUCUCAAUACUGAUCUGUACAGAUCUGAUAUUGUUCUCAAGCCAGUGGACUCUCCACAUGUAACUAGCAAGCCUGUGAUCCCCUGUGGGACACAGAGGGUGUACUUUAAACACUCCAUUGUGUUUUCUGUUGAUCCCACUGGAAUGAAAACAAUAAGUUAUAGAAACUAACUUAAAUGUAUGAUCUUCCUGUUCUGUAAUAUCCUGAAAGUCCAUUGAGUUCUCCCUAAAUGUGUAUUGCAACAUAUACCAAAGGGACUGUUAGUAUGACUAAAUCAGAACAUGCAUUUACAGGAGCUGUUCUCAACCUGUGGGUCACGACCCCUUUAGAAGUCAAAUAUCAGAUAUUCUGCGUAUCACAUGUUUUACAUCACAAUUCACAACAGUAACAGAAUUAUAGAUAUGAAAUAGCAAUGAAAUAAUUCUUUGGCUGGGGUCACCGCAAUGUGGGAACUGAAUUAAAGGCUCACACCAUUAGGAAAGUUUAACACCACUGACUUAAUUAAGGUGUUGGUCAUGCCUUGUAUGCUGUUUAUUCAAUAUGUUUUAAAUCUUUCUUCUCCCACGGCCACAUUCUAUCAUCUCUGACUGAUGUGAAUAAAGAUGAGAUGCCCUCACACUGGUUAACACAAAUAAGAGCCUUCAGGCUGAAUCAGCCCACCACCAGUUUUUGUAAAAUGUACUUCCUCUCCCCCGUGUGCUCAUACACUACAGAUGCCUGUGUUUGUGCUUCAGCAACAGAGGUGAGACUUCACACAUAUGCAGCAUGGAUCUCAAAGCCGACAAUAAUACCUGGAUGCUUAGAAGAACAGUUCCAUGACCCCUGAUCAAGGUUCCCCUCCCUUUGUGUUGCUGUCCUGCUUCCUGGGAGCCACUUUGAAGGGUGCAGUCGACACCUCAUGAUGGGAUCUAGGAGUCUCAUGAUCAGGCCACAGAUUCAACACCAUCAGAAUGCAAAGUUGUGAGAAUUUUUGAUGAAAAAAAAAUAAACCUUGACCAAGCCAGACCUGUGGUUCCUAGCCCUGCCUUUCUCCCACGUUGGAGCUAUAAAAGCAGGAACCAGGACAAGAACACACCAGAAUCUCUCUCCAGGCUGUGACCGACACUGGCAAGAUGCAGGUCCUACUAUUCCUGAUGGCACUUUCCUUGUCUUCUGGAGCUGGAGCUGAGGAGAUUAUUGGUGGUGUUGAGUCUGAGCCACAUUCCCGACCUUACAUGGCCUAUGUGAGGAUCUUCAGUAAGAAAGGUUAUAUGGCAAUCUGUGGUGGGUUUCUCAUAGACCCCCAAUUUGUGAUGACUGCUGCACACUGUAGAGGAAGAAGAAUCACUGUCACCCUUGGAGCUCAUGAUGUGAGAAAGAGAGAAUCCACACAGCAGAAGAUAAAAGUUGAAAAAUACAUCUUGCCUCCAAAUUACAAUGUAUCUUCCAAGCUUCAUGACAUCUUGUUACUGAAGCUUAAAGAGCAAGUUGAGUUGACUCCUGCUGUGGAUGUAAUUCCCCUGCCUGGUCCCUCUGACUUUGCCAAGCCUGGGACGAUGUGCUGGGCAACUGGCUGGGGGCGAACUGGAGUGAAAGAACCUCUCUCACGUACCCUGAGAGAGGUUGAACUGAGAAUCAUGGAAAAAAAGGCCUGCAAAGCUUAUAGGCGUUACAAGGAUAACUUCCAGGUCUGUGUGGGCAGUCCCACGAAGCUAGCAUUAGCAUACAGGGGUGACUCCGGAGGACCUCUAGUAUGUGCUGGGGUGGCCCAUGGCAUUGUAUCUCAUGGACGUGGAAAAGGCAAGCCCCCUAUAAUCUUCACCCGAAUCUCCUCACAUGUGCCCUGGAUUAAUACAGUCAUAAAGGGAAAUUAGUUGAAAAAACCUGAUCAACCUGAGUCAGACUCUCCAAGUCAGGGCUCAUCUGGUACCCAUUAGUUUUAACAAAGCCUGUCUCUACCCUGCCUCCAGUCUGUCCCUAGCCUGUCCCCAGCAUGUCC